GUGUUUACAGCAGUUGAAGAAACGGAAAGAAAGAGGUCGAGUUCGAAUCGGAGAAGUGGACGAUCUUUGAAUUGAACAUGCAUCGUCCAAAUUGGCGUCUGCGAGGUCGCAAAGACGAUGGCCGACCGACAAACGUCUGGAUGCAGUUCCGAGUAUAUGAAUACCGGCGGAGAGAGCAGCAGCUCUCACUGAGUACUUUCGUUGAAUUUUGUGCAGAGUGGAGAGAAGCGGAUCGAGCGUAAUAGGAUGAGCUGUGGUUCGGAUUGCGUCGAUGGUCGUGUAGCUGGAGCUGAAGUGGAAAGAAAGGGUGGGUGUCGUUUCGAGAAUUGUGAGCUCGCUGGUGCAUGAACGCUGCAUGCUCCGGGGUGCCUACGUCUUGCGACAAUCGUAGGAGUAGUUCGAACUUUUGUUUCUAGGAUUAACCCUGGUGAACCCCAAGGGGCUGGACUGGGCUGAACUGGACUGGACUGCACUGACAGACAGACAGACAGACAGCGAGCAAAAGAGCAAGCAAGCAGGAGGCUGACAUCGAGGGCGUGAAUCUCGUGCUUAUCACCAGGUUUGCUGCAUCUGAUUUGCGUUGCGCUGCGUUGCGUUGCAGCAGGUGAAGCGUUCGAGCACGGACUUCCGAUCAUGAAUCAACCUGGAGCACUAACUGCCUGGAGUUGUUGAUUGUCACAAUUUACGGACCGACCGAGAGAUGUACAGUUGUACUUGGCAUCUCGUCUGACCCUUUUGUGCUGCUGUCUAGACUGCACGGAUUUCUGGAACGAGGCUUUCGGGGCCGUGUGAUGAGGAACGACCGCGAGCGACAGCGGGAGGUUUCUCUUCGCGCGAGAGGGCGGAUUUGCACGGCGUGAGCGUGACGUUUGUACUUAGUUACUAUGCGGGAUGAGAUGAGGGAGUGCAGUAUGAAAGAUCAGAAGGUGUAUCUGAUCAGUAAUCAGGAAGAGAGGGUGGCUCUUCCCUUGCUGACUGCCAUUCAGCUGUCCGAGCGACUGGGGGAAUUCGUGACCAAUCUGAUGAAGUUGAGAGCCGUGUUGAAGACCUCAUUGCUACUCCUGCUCGAGCUCAAGUCCUAUCCUGUAAAUUGCCCCACUCCGGUUCUGCACGUCGUCGUUAAGUUCUGCAAAGCCAAAGUUGCUCUAGAUGGUGUGAGGUUCCGAGUCAAUAACUUCAUGAGCACCACUGAAGAAAGAUCUUAUUGGACCUCUUUCCUCUGGCGCUGGUUGGACGCUUCUGCGAUUAUUCUUCAGGUGGCGAGGGAUUUGGGCAUCCAAAGCUUGAUACAAGUGAUUUAUCUCGUUCACGAACCGAGGUGUGCGGGAUAUCUCAAACCUGCAUCGGUGGACUUGAAUCUCGAAGAGCGCAGGCUACUCUUGUCGACUUCAAGUGUGGGUUCCCGAAAGCUACGAGGUCCAGGGCAUCAGAUCGUCCGACCAGCGUAUCCGAGGGUGGACGAUGGGGUCGAAGCCAAGUUCAGGGGCCAGCAGCAGUGCUUGCCCGGUUUCGCGUUGGCUGAAAAGUUUGGAGUCCUGGCGACAUUACUUUUGGGAAAUUUCACCUGCUACGGCCCUGCAAAUGCGAUAGUGCGACAUCGCGAAAGUCCAGGAGCAGAGAUCCGAGCACUGCCAGCGAUCGACGAUGCGGAGCAAUGCGAAAGUGAGAACGGCUCGAACUCGCAAGUCGCAGUCAUGUCCUUGUCGGAGCUCAUGAGACUGGAAACCGUCGUUGAGAUUGUGAAGAACGCCGAUAACCUGCAAGACGUCGCCAGCCGGGUGGCGAACAAAUUCGACGCCUGCAUGAUCAGCGAUUCUGUCAGCAGAUGCGGCAGUAGACACGUACAAGCAAUCAAGACACACAAACUGAGCAAGAGCUGGAGCUACACGGCGUACUCGAACCAGAGUCCGGUGAAAGGAGCGAGCGAGACGCCAGCCAAGAAGGAAGUUCGGUUCCAAAUCUCUCCGGAAGAACACGAUGCUCCAGAGCACGCAGAGUCGCAGGACUCAAAUCAGAACACGGAAGACGCGGAAUCGACGAUCGUCAUCACCGAACAACCUUCAGACACUCCGACGUGCACGACCGGGGCGAAGAUCGUCGACGAGACGUACACUUCCCUCGGUAUCAAGAAGGGCAAGAAGCAGGCUCUGGUCAGUGGAUUAAAAGCAGCUGCUAAGACAUUCGGCCUCGGUAAUAGGAAGAACAGAUUGUGGGGCACGAAAUGCCCAAAACAAUCACGACCUCAUCUCUACGCCAGCAAUCUCUCUAACUGAUACUACACUGCAUAAGCUUGCAGUGCUUAUCCCCGUCGAUUUGGAUGUGGGACACAGUAAAAUAGCAAAAAGAUUGGGAAGACCCCAUCAAUUUACGAUCUAAUUACGAAUUUUAGUAUUUAUUAGUUCCUGCAUUUUAGUUUUUAUUAGUUCCUCAGGCCGGCGUUUAUUGCGUAGGAAAAUCGAACCAUCGUCUACCUCUUCAUUAGCAGUUACGUUAUCCACGUAUGGCCCAGUUAAGAGAUUAGUAACCAACUGCAAUUGACCGCAGUUUCUGAUUCGAACCUACCUAGUACAGUUUGUGUAUAUCGAUCGACAUUUCAGUUGGACCAAUGAUUUGCUAGUGUUUUGAUACUUUGUUUGCAGUUGCCCAGACUUCACUAGCUCAUGCCGGACAUGGAUAUAGCUUACAGAUGACCAUUCUUUUUAUUCAGUAUUAUUCGAGUAAAGCCACUGGACACUUCCACACGUAUAUUUUGUUAUU